AUGUCGCUUCCUGGAGACUUGCAACAAGCCUCAGUUAUCGCUUCUUGUUCACACCCGUUACCUGGCAAGGUUAUUAGCCAAUACGGCAAACGAGUCAUCAAAAUCUCUGAUGAUCAAGUCGUUAAAUAUGGCCUAGAUGUGACAAAAGAAGAGUUUGAAAAUCAAAGGAUAGCGUACGAACUUGUGGACAGUCGCAUAGUUCGUAUCCCGCGUGUGUAUGAUUUCUUUCUUGACGAGCGUGGCUGGGGCUAUAUUGUGAUGGAGUUUAUGAAAGGCAAGGUUAUUGAUCCUUUGGAUGACGUGAGUUUGAUACAGAGGAUUGCAAAAGUGCUCAAUCAUUUUGCAACUUUGCGAUAUGAUAUCCCGGGGACCAUUUAUGGCGGUCCAUGUCGUGGUCUUCUAUUCCCUGAAUUCGAAGAAUUGGUCUUUAACAGCCUUGAUCAGAUGGAGGAGUGGUUCAAUAGCCGACUGUUCGCGCAUAACCCGACUUUGAAUUUGCAAGGUUCCGAAGUCGUGCUCUGUCAUCUCGACAUUGCACCCCGAAACAUCAUAUGGCUGGAAGACGGCUCUCUGUGCCUUAUCGACUGGGCAUCUGCGGGUUUCUAUCCAAGGUUGUUCGAAUUCAGCAUGCAAUGGAUACUUGAUGGAAAAGAUGGUGACUUCAAUUCCAAUCUCCUGGAAUUGGUGGAGCCUUUAUCAGAUCACGAAAUGGCCCAGAAAGAGGCCUUCAUAUGUGCAUGGGGUAACAUCCAAAGACAUCCCUUCCGCAACAAAACGUCAGCCUCACCCCGAGGAUUUUCCAGACGUUCUACCGAGCUUCCUCCCGUACCGGCUCCUCCUAUGCCAGAUUAUCCUCCUGAAUGGUACGAAAAGGCUGGACGUGAAUAUCCUCUACCACCUAGCCCCACAUGUACCGACUCUUCAAGCUCGGUUCCAGAAGAUAGGAAUUAA